UUAAGCAGGAAGUGUGACAUCUCUGCCAAUGUGAACAGGUCGUGUAGAAAUGUAAUAUUUUUUAUGAAGUUUAUAGUUAAUGUUUGGCUUUAUGCUUAGAAAGCAUGACUUGCUUUUUUAGAAGAAAAAUUGCUGCGAAGCUUGCGAAGACGCUGCAACAGUCUGAGGAUGUUUUUGUCCCAGCUCUGACUGCUGUUCCUGUUUUAAAGAAACGUCCGAGUGCCGACUUCAGGCUGUCACUUGAAACAUUACGAGUCAACGGGAUUCUGGCUUCCAGUGGGGAUCUUCAGUUGCAGACAGAAAACCUGGCUGCCCAGCUAAAGCCAGACAGCGUGGUGGGAGAGAUUUCAGCUCGACAAGGGUUGAUUUACUUUAAACUAAACCGCAGUCUUCUUGCUGAGAAACUGUUGGAGCCAUUUGGGAAAGGCGAGAAUAAUAACUUUGGGUUAAAUAGUGAACUUUUUGAAACUCUGAAGAGAGGGACCAUAUUAGUGGAGUUCAGCUCCCCAAAUAUUGCUAAAAAGUUUCAUGCUGGGCAUCUGCGCUCAACGAUUAUUGGUAACUUCAUAGCUAACCUGAAACAAUCUCUCGGUAACAAUGUUAUCCGAAUGAACUACCUGGGAGACUGGGGCAUGCAGUUUGGUUUGUUGGGAGCUGGAUUUAGCAGGUUUGGGUGCAUGGAAAAAUUAAAGGAAAAUCCAUUACAGCAUUUGUUUGAGGUUUAUGUUCAAGUGAACAAAGAAGCGGAGCACAGUGAAGAUAUCAAACUUGCAGCUAAAGACUUCUUUAGACAGCUGGAGCAGCAUGAAAACCAGGCCAUGUCAUUAUGGCAACAGUUCCGGGAGAUCACAGUGAAAGAGUAUCAGCAUAUUUACAAGAGGUUAGGAGUCCACUUUGAUGUAUACAGCGGGGAGUCAUUUCACCAAGCCCAAACCCAGGAGGUGAUCCGGGAGCUGCAGAGCCGAGGUCUGCUGAAAACCUCAGAGAAGGGAACCAGCGUGGUUGAUCUCUCCCCAAAUGGAGACAUGAGUAACAUCUGUACAAUACUCCGCAGUGACGGAACGACCCUCUACAUCACCAGGGACAUUGCUGCAGCUAUCAGCAGAAAGGAAAAGUACUGCUUUGAUGAUAUGAUUUAUGUGACAGACAAAAGCCAGGAGAAUCACUUCAACCAGUUGUUCCACAUUCUCCUGACAAUGGGGAAUUCUUGGGCUGAAAGGUGUCGGCAUGUGUCUUUCGGCCUGGUGCAGGGCAUGAAGACCAGGACGGGUGAGGUGGUGUUUCUGGAGGAUGUGCUGGACGAAGCUCGGGCCAGGAUGCUCCACAACAUGAACCAAUCCAAUACAACGAAGGAACUGGAAAACCCAAAAGACACAGCAGAGAAAGUGGGAAUCAGUGCACUAAUAGUCCAGGAUUUUAAAGGUCCCCUUCGGUCUGAUUAUAAAUUUGACUGGGAUCGGAUGCUGCAGGCUCAAGGUGACACUGGGGUCUUCUUGCAAUACACACAUGCCCGACUCUGCAGUCUAAUGCAGAGGAAUGAAGGUGUGGAGGCAGCUGCGUUCAACCCAUCCUGCCUGUGUGACCGGACCGGUGUCGCCAUCCUUCAGCACCUCCUUCGUUACGAUGAGGUGUUGUAUCAGUCGGACCAGGACCUGCAGCCCAAAUACCUAGUCAACUUUUUACUGAAGCUGAGCCACUUCAUCGCUUCAGCACACAGAGAGCUGCCAGUGAAAGGAAGUCCUCCAGAUGUUGCACAGGUUUAUAACAAAGCACUUCUAACUGUACUUGAAUAUGCAAAAUUACAUAAAAACAUUUUAAAAUGUCUUUUUGUUCACUAUGCAGGCAAGGUUACGACUGUUCAGUGCAGCACGCUCCGUUCUGGCCAGCGGGAUGAGAAUACUUGGAAUCACACCAGUUCAAAAAAUGUAAACUAAACCUUUAAAGCUCUUUGGUAGUGAAUACAUGUAAAAUCCUAUAUUUUUCCAAAUAAAAUUUAAAAAUGCAUACAAA